ACCACUCACGGUUAAUAUACUAAUAUAGUAAUAUACUAGUUGUAUAGUAACCGUGCACACUGCUCAUCUUUAUCUAUGACAGUAAAUGAGUGAAAAAUAGAUUUAUGUUGUCAUGAUAGUAGGUGUGAUUGUUAAGUUGUCAAUGCCCUGUGCGGCUGUGCCCCCGGCCUGGUAACAAUUAGUAUUAACAGUGGUUUUUCUAAUUUUCUUUGACAAUUUGCGGCGGUGCAGUUGUGCACUGCGCCGCUGUUCAUUAUUUAAUAUUAAUUAUUAUUAUUUAAUAUUUACGGCAGUCGAGAACUGUGGCUGAAGAAGACUUCGUGAGUGUUUAUUUAUUAUUAUUUUUUUUUAUAUAAAUCGCACAGCGCCUGAACGCCAUCGCGACACUGCGAGUGUCGUCCGCAGCGCGCAUCGCAGCCGUCGUCGUUUGUCGCGCGUUUUAUAAUUUAUUAAUACACCGACGGUACGCCUACUCGCCGGGGCAUUGUGCUAUAAUUAUCUCGCGAUCUGCUGGCAGGUCUGCCCGUUUAACGAUAGAUAAUUCGCCGGGUAAACGCUGACAGUGCACCGCGCAGAACAAGGCACGAUUAUUGGUAGGUCGGAACUGGGAACAUGGACGCCGAAUCGUUUUUGGAGUUUGCCAGCCAAGUGACCAAAUGGAAGAUGUACCCAUAUUUUGACGUUGCGCAUAGUGUGCUCUGUGCGCUCCACGUCCGCGAUGACCUCGGUCCAGGUGCACUGGCGUUUUCACGCAAGCACCCCAUUUCCUGUUGGCUGUCCACGAUGCUGGUUGUCUUUGCUGGGGGCAUGCUGAGUGCUGCUCUUCUUGGCGAACCCCCUUUAGCACCGCUCAAAAACACUCAACAACUUUUGAUUGCUACAGCUGUGUGGUAUCUAGUUUUUUACACACCGUUUGAUAUUGGAUACAGUAUUGCAAAGUUUCUUCCAGUGAAAUUAGUGUUUUCUGUUAUGAAAGAAAUAUAUCGUUGCAAAAAGGUCCAUGAUGGUGUAUUGCAUGCGGCUAAACUCUAUCCCAACGCCUACAUCAUAAUGGUUUUAAUCGGGACCCUUAAAGGAAAUGGUGCUUCAUUUACAAAAAUUAUUGAAAGACUUUUAAGAGGAGUAUGGACACCCACGUCUAUUGAGACAUUACAACCCAGUUUUACUACUAAAGCAUGCAUUAUAGCGUCCGUGGUGUUUGUACUCGAUAUUAAAAGUGAUUUAAUAUCAGCUCCACAUGCUUUUGUUUAUGUUUUUGUCAUCGGUUUCUUCAUAUACUUCAAGGUAUUCUCGUCAAUGAUUUUGGGAAUACAUGAGCCAAUGUUACCGUUUGAAAACUUGAUAUGCGCAAUAUUCUUUGGAGGUAUAUUUGAUUAUACUACUAAAGCAUUCAAAAAUACCAAAGACGACAAAGUAGAUACAAAAAAGAAAGAUUAACCAUAAAUAGAAUUUGGUUAAUGUUUAAAUAUUUAUGAAAUUCACUAUGUGAUGUAUUAUUUUAUAUCUAUACUCUAUUCAAGUUAAGAGUACACCGGUUUUCGCAUAUGCUACUGACUGCCUUAUGUUGUAACAUGACGUGUUUUCGUUGGCCGCCCGGUGUACUCUUAAGUUGAAUAGAGUAUAGUCGAUGCAUUUUUCUUGCACAAAAACAAAUCAUAAUGUUCCCUAUUUGACUAUUAAUUAUAAAAUCAGUUUUUUUUUUAAUGUACCUAUUAUUUUUGUUGUAUUUAAUAUUUUUAAUUAAAUGUAAUAUUAAUAAAUUGUUAAAACUAACAGGACUUUCUAUAUUAUAAAAUUAUUUUAUUGUUCUCAGAAAAAUAUAUACAUAUAAAAACUA